UCGCUGUUCAUUUGGAAAACGUAAGCAGACCACAGAUUUAGGGUUUAUCCACCUUAUCCUUCGCCGAGAUCCAACAAUGGCUGAUGUCGAACCAGAGGUUGCAGCAGCAGGAGUUCCAAAGAAGAGAACGUUCAAGAAAUUCGCCUUCAGAGGAGUCGAUCUCGAUGCUCUUCUUGACAUGUCUACUGAUGAUCUUGUCAAGCUCUUCUCUUCCCGUAUUCGUAGAAGGUUCUCUAGAGGAUUGACGAGAAAGCCUAUGGCUUUGAUUAAGAAACUCCGCAAGGCGAAAAGAGAGGCACCAGCUGGUGAGAAGCCAGAACCAGUGAGAACCCACCUAAGGAACAUGAUCAUUGUGCCUGAAAUGAUUGGAAGCAUCAUCGGUGUGUACAAUGGAAAGACUUUCAACCAAGUUGAGAUCAAGCCUGAGAUGAUUGGACAUUACCUUGCUGAGUUCUCCAUCUCGUACAAGCCAGUUAAGCACGGUAGGCCUGGUGUUGGUGCUACUCACUCCUCCAGGGAGAUCAGAGCCUUGGAGCAAGAUGGUCUCACCAACCAAACAGAGAAAAUAGUAAGCUUCUACUAUUAUCGAAUUUUAGUCACUGUUCGAGGCUCUGUGGAUUUUUUUAGGGUUUCAACAAAUUCCAAACAAUCAAUGGCGGAUCCAGAGGUUGCUGCGGCUGGAAUCGUGAAAAAGAGAACGUUCAAAAAGUUUUCUUUCAGAGGAGUUGAUCUUGAUGCUCUUCUCGACAUGUCUACUGAUGAUCUUGUCAAGCUCUUCCCUUCCCGUAUCCGUAGAAGGUUCUCUAGAGGAUUGACGAGGAAGCCUAUGGCUUUGAUCAAGAAACUGCGCAAAGCGAAAAUUGAAGCACCAGCGGGAGAGAAGCCAGCAGCAGUGAGAACCCACCUAAGGAACAUGAUCAUUGUGCCUGAAAUGAUUGGAAGCGUCAUUGGUGUUUACAACGGAAAGACUUUUAACCAAGUCGAGAUCAAACCAGAGAUGAUUGGACAUUACUUGGCUGAGUUCUCAAUCUCAUAUAAGCCGGUUAAGCACGGUAGACCUGGUGUUGGUGCUACCAAUUCCUCCAGGUUUAUCCCUCUCAAGUGAAUAAUCAAGCUCUUGUGGAGAGUCUUUGUUAUGCUCAAAAUUUGAGUCUUUCGUUUCUUUUUCUUUGGAACAUUUUGUCUCUCUUUUUCUCUUCUCUCCUUUAGAUUUUGUUCAAACUCUUGUUCAUGCGUUUAAAUAAUACAGAGCUUUUUUUUUA